AUGGAGAGGUUGGAGAUGGAGAAAAGGCUUUAUGGUGCUGCCUUUGAAGGGAAUGAAAACACUCUGCAUGAGUUGCUUCAAGAAGACAAACGAGUUCUUGAUAGAGUUUCUCUUGCUUGUUUCAAUUACAACAACCCUUUACAUAUAGCAAUAAAUCGAGGGCAUGAAAAAUUUGUUGAAGCAAUUUUGGAUCAUAAUCCUGAGAUAUUGGGGAACCUAGAAGAUUCACGUCAAAAAUGGUCGUCCCUUCACCUGGCAUCAGCUAGAGGUCAUUUGAGAAUUGUUGAAGCAUUGAUAAGUGUUGAUCCUGAGAGGUGUUUCGAUUCUGAUCAAGAUGGCAGGAACCCUCUUCAUAUUGCAGCCAUCAAAGGCAAAAUUGAAGUGUUGGAAGUGUUGGUUGAUGCAAGGCCUUUUGCUGCCCGCGAGAAGACAAAACGUGGGGAGACCAUCUUGCAUUUGUGUGUGAAGUAUCACCAGUUAGAGGCAUUAAAGAAGUUGCUGGAGGCUGUGGAUGAUGAUGAAUUCUUGAAUCAGACGGAUGAUGAUGGCCUUACAAUAUUGCAUUUGGCUGUUAUUGGCAAGCAAAUUGAGGGAAGAGAGGAGAGGGAGAAAGAGGGGUGGCAAGGGGAUGAUGGGGAGGAAGGAGAGAUAAGGGGAGAGAAAAGGAGGAGGAAGAAAUGGAAGAGAAGAGAGGAAGAGGUGGGAGGGGGCGAUAGGGAGAGAUAG